AGUUGCAGUCGCCUGUCAGACUCGUGCCCGACCUGAAGCCACUAGGAUGCGGUCAUGACUUGACACGUGAAUUUGUUGUUGAGGAACGGGGAAUUGCAUAAAAGUUCGCCGGCACGUUUGGAUCUUUAGCCGACAUCCCCCUCUCUUCCCCGCACCACCAUUGCCUAUUUAGCGCCCGGUACAGACCAGGAGUCAAUUAUACCCCGCAAUGUCCUCGAAACACCCUUCAUAUCCACAGGUUCCUGUGCAGCCUUGGGAACCCGUCGACAUCCGGCCGCUGUUGCCCAUCUACCCUCCGCCAGAGCCCCUUGAAUACCCCGACCUACCAACCCCACAACGCAAGCCCAACCUCGGUGCCCCCUUCGAACUUACGACACACAUCAUCCCUGCAUGUUACCUACGCACUGGACGCUUUGAACCCGUUCCGCCUCCUCCCCCGGAAGGGAUUUCGAAGGAGGAACGAAGUAGACAUAUCCAACGAAUGAAGGAGGAACUUAGAUUCGAGAGAGGUCCCUUGCGGACGGAUGGUUACCCCAAGGUUCUGUGGAACUGCAUCAACCGUUACUCUCGCAAGGGUCUAAACCCUGAGCAAGAGACCGGGCUUACUCUAUUCUUCGCGCAUGCCAAUGGUUUCCCUAAAGAGAUAUGGGAGCCCACAAUAGCCAAACUGUUGUCCUUACCCUCUAGCAACUCGAUUGACGAGAUAUGGACCUGGGAAUCGGUUCAACACGGCGACCCGGCGCUCAUAAACCGUAACUCAAUUUCCAAAUACUUCGACUGGCAGGACAACACCAGGGACAUCGUCAACUUCCUUACCAACUUCCUCCCCGCUCGAUCCUCUGCCCGCUCCCUCCCUCUCCACCUCAAACGCAUCCCAGAGACCGAAUCUCUACAUAGAAGGGACCAUGGCUUCCUCAAUCGGCGAAUAAUGGUGGUCGGACACUCCUACGGCGGUUGCACCUCCACACUUGCCGUCGAGAAUUUUCCGAAACUCUUCUCCUCUCUUGUUCUGAUCGACCCGGUGAUGCCCAAACCGUUCCCCACGGCCGAAGUCGCCAGAAUAGCUCACGAGAAGACAGACGCUCUGUUGACCGGGUCGCUUGCAAGGCGUGAUGUUUGGAGCUCGAGAGAAGAAGCACUUGCUUCGUUCCUCAAGAACCCUUUUUUCCAAGCAUGGCACAUCGACGUGUUGAAGGUUUACGUGGAGGCAGGGUUGUACGAUAGCACGGAUAGCCAAGGGAAUCCUGUGGUCAGAUUGAAGAUGCCGGGAAUUUAUGAAUCCAUCAUCUUCGCUGAGAGGACGGUUGGAGCAGAAGCGUAUCAGGGCUUGGCUACCAUCCCAGAACGCAUCCCGAUACGGUGGAUCAUGCCUGGCAGGGAAGAUGCAGACGAGUUUGGGGCACCUGGCGCAACUCAGGAAAGGUGUUGGACGAGACCAGCUAAUUCAAGUAACGUCAAGAUUACCGGGGCAGGUCAUUUGAUUGCUCAAGAAGCACCUAUCGACCUGGCGGAGGACCUCGACGGGUUUAUCCAACGCACUUACCCAUGUCUUUCUCCAGGAUCGCAGAUCGCCCUUCGUUCAAGUUUGUAA